AUACUUUGUGUACUUUAAAAUAUAAUAAUUUUGUAUCUGAAUUUAAUAAUAUUGCUGAUGAUAUUGAUAAUAAUGAUAUUGAUAAUGAUAUUGAUGAUAACUCAUUUGAUCAAACUUCUAAAGAUAUUUAA